AUGUAUGUGAAAAACAAUACUGUGGUCAAUGAAUUUAUACUUCUCGGAUUCUCUAACAAUCCACAAACUCAAAUCAUUCUUUUUUUGCUCUUUACAAUUGUCUAUUUAAUCAUUUUGGUUGGAAACUUCUUAAUUAUUACUGUAACCUUAACAGAUAAAAACUUGCAGACCCCUAUGUAUCUUUUCCUCACUAACCUCUCUUUCCUUGACAUCUGUUAUUCAACAUCGACUGUUCCUCGCAUCCUUAGAGAUUUGAUGUCAACAAAGAAAGCGAUUUCAUUUGGACAAUGUGCAGCACAAUUAUACAUUUCCCUCUCAUUAGGAGAAACUGAAUGUAUUCUACUGGCAGUAAUGGGAUAUGAUCGCUAUAUAGCUAUAUGUUACCCUUUACACUACACAGCAAUAUUCAAUAGGACUACAUGUAUUAGAAUAGCUGCUGGCACAUGGAUUUGUGGUUUCCUUCUUUCAAUUUGCCAUGUUGCACUUACUUUGAAUGUAGACCUAUGUGGAAAUAAUAAAAUAAAUCAUUUUGUUUGUGAAGUCCCUGAAAUCCUGUCAUUGGGAUGUGAGAAUAUAAUAUUAAUAGAAUUUGUUAUAUUUCUGGUUGGUGUGAUAAUACUAAUGAUACCAAUUACUUUUAUUAUUAUAUCUUAUAUCAGGAUCAUCAUUGCUAUAUUGAAAAUUACCUCUUCUGCUGGACAGCAAAAAGCCUUCUCCACUUGUGGAUCUCACAUGAUUGUUGUCACGUUGUUUUAUGGUUCAGCUAUGGCUGCAUACAUGAAACCCCAUUCAAAAUCUUUAUCAGAUACCAACAAAAUCAUUGCUGUUUUUUAUUUUAUCAUAACACCGAUGUUAAAUCCCUUAAUAUUUACACUCAGGAACAAAGAAGUUAAAACCGCUUUGAAGAAGGUCAGACUUAAGGAAAUACACUGUUUUCAGAUGUAA